CGAAUUAAGAAGCAAAAAUCUUCUUUUAAAGAAAAUCAUGGUCAUCUGUUUCAGCUAAGUUCAUGAGUUGCAUUUCGAGCUUCAAUCUAACAAGCCCUGCAAAAACCUCCUCAUUGAAAAAACCACACCAAACCAACCCCACCAUAAUCCCAAUGUCAUCUCUCGUUAGUACCUAAUAUUCGCAUUCCAUAUACUAUCCCUCCAUGACACCAUGACUAUGGAACUACUCUCUUCUAGCUUCAGACCCUACUUGAAUGUCCAUCAAUCAUCUGAACUCUCCUCUUCCUCACUGUCUCCUUUCCAUCUCCAAAUCCACCUUAAGAUUUCUAGAAGUUCAAUACCCAUUUCUCCAAGUUUUAGAAUUUCGGCUGUAGCGGUAGAUUCCAAAGAACUCCCGGCAAACAGUCCUCAGAGACUCCUCAAAGAGCUAGCGGAGCGCAGAAAAGUAACUUCCCCCAAGAGAAAGGCGCCGGAGAGACGGUUUAUACUCAAGCCUCCGCUAGAUGAUGCAAAGUUAGCGGAAAGGUUUCUGAAUAGCCCGCAAUUAUCCCUAAAGUCGUUCCCUUUAUUGAGUUCGUGCCUGCCCUCUUCUAGGCUUAAUAAUCAAGAUAAAGCUUGGAUAGAUGAACACUUGCUGGAGGCCAAACAGGCCCUGGGAUAUCCUCUGGAGCCAUCCUAUAACUUCGGGGAUGAUAACCCGGCCAAGCAGUUCGAUACACUGUUAUAUUUAGCUUUUCAGCAUCCAUUCUGUGAGAAGAAUGAUGCAAGGCAUGUGAAGCACGGGCACUCGAGGUUAGCGUUCUUGGGCGGAUAUGUACUUGAAUUAGCCUUCUGUGAGUUCUUCUUGCAGAAGUAUCCAAGGGAGCCGCCUGGGCCGAUAAGGGAGAGAGUGUAUGCAUUGAUUGGGAAGAGGUUUCUACCAAAGUGGAUAAAAGCUGCCAGUUUGCAAAAUUUGGUUUUUCCUUAUGAUGAUAUGAAUACAUUGAAGCGAUUAGAGCGAGAACCUCCUAUCAAAUCAGUAUUCUGGGCAUUGUUUGGGGCAAUUUAUUUGUGUUUUGGCCUGCCAGAAGUGUAUCGAGUUCUGUUUGAAGUGUUUGGAUUAGAUCCUGAGGCUGAAGACUGCCAACCUAGACUCAGGAGACAACUCGAGGAUGUGGAUUAUGCCUCUCUAGAAUUCGAAGGUAACAAGCUGAGCUGGCAAGAUGUUGCUACAUACAAGCCUCCAGAAGAUGCACUUUUUCAUCACCCAAGGCUAUUCAGGGCAUGUGUUCCACCUGGCAUGCAUCGGUUUCGUGGAAACAUAUGGGAUUAUGAUUGUAGACCUCAAGUCAUGCAAAAACUUGGUUAUCCAUUGGCAAUGGCAGAUAAAAUACCAGAGAUAACUGAGGCCAGAAACAUAGAACUUGGACUUGGUUUGCAGCUUUCAUUCUUGCACCCCUCAAAGUACAAGUUUGAACAUCCACGCUUUUGCUUUGAGCGACUGGAAUAUCUCGGUCAGAAAAUCCAGGAUCUUGUUAUGGCAGAGAGGUUGCUUAUGAAGCAUCUGGAUGCCCCUGGGAGAUGGUUGAUGGAGAGACAUCGGCGUGUCUUGAUGAAUAAGUUCUGUGGGAGGUAUUUACGGGAAAAGUUUCUGCACCGUUUUAUCAUAUACAGUGAGCAAGUGCAGGAUGCAUAUGAGCAAAAUCGCAGGUUGAGAAAUCCAGCCACAUCUUCUGUUCAACAAGCUAUUCAUGGUCUGUCAUAUGCUGUGUAUGGGAAACCAGAUGUGAGACGCCUCAUGUUUGAGGUUUUUGACUUUGAGCAAACUCAACCCAAGGCAGUGGUAGGGUAGUAGAGUCGUUGUCAUUUGUUGUAUCCUCGACUGAUGAUUUCAGAGUAGAAGUCAAGGGCUGAUUGGUUUUGCCACAUUCACUAGAAGUCUAGAAGAAAGCUUAAGAAGGGUGAGCUUCACUUUCUUCUACCUUUUUUCCCUGUUUGUCACCAAGAGUGAUUUGUACCUUAGAGUUUGCAGCAGAUUAUAAAAAUGUACAAAAUUUCCCCGAUUAUAAUGUUAAGAUGUACAUCUACUGCAACUGGGUUACUUGGAUGUAUAAGACGAGUCACAUUUUUCUUGGAUUUAGAACUUAGCUUCUAAUAAUUAGAGCAAGAGGCUAAGUGUUUUGGGGUAAAGACUAAAGACCCAGUUUGGUGUCCAUUGGUUUAUCA